AUGCGCGAAAAAUUUCAAAACCGUGUUGAAGCCGGUAGUGUUUUGGCUGGUGAGGUAGCAAGAAAAUAUAAAAAUGUUAACGACGAUGUUAUCGUUUUGGCAUUACCAAGGUGGCGUACCGGUGGGCUUCCAGAUUGCUCAACAAAUCAGGGCUCCAUUGGAUGUCUUCUUGGUCAGGAAAAUCGGUGUGGAGGGGUAUGUGGAAAACCAUUUGGCUAUGGAAGGAAAGGAUAUUGCACUCAACUCUUGUCUCGAUCUUUUUCGGUGGCCGCAAAAUGGCUGCCAUCCUAUAGUUAUGAGGAAUUAGCCAUGGGUGCCAUUACCGAAACCUCCAGAAUCUUUAAUGAAGAUAUCAUCUCAAUGCUUCAUAUUGACCAAAAAUCAAUUGACCGCGUCAUUCAACGUGAGGUACGUCGUCAGCUCCCUCUUUUUGAUAAUUUUUGGCCAACUGAGACAAUGCUCGCAAAUAGACGACCGAACUGCGAAGACGUAAUCAAAAAUACAGGAAGGGAAAGCCGGCUCCCGAUGUUACCAACAAGAUCGUGGUUCUCGUCGAUGGCAAACGGGAUCGCCACGGGUGCGACGAUGAGGGCCGCCUAUACGUCUUUGAAAAAACUUAAUCCCGCAAAGAUUAUAGUCGCGGUGCCAGUCGCCGCUCCGGAAACUCUGAAGAAGAUGGGAAAAGAGGUGGACGACAUAAUUUGUCCAUUGGUACCUCGUAGCUUAUCAGGAAUUGGACAAUGGUAUCACGAUUUUUCUCAGACUGAAGACGAUGAAGUCUUGGCCUUGCUAGCCAGGGCCGAGGAGAUCUGUCCCGUCCCCACCAUCUCCGCCGAGGAUACCGAAAAAUAUCAAAGUGAAACUAUCUUGGAAUAG